AUGGCUGCUACCGGCCCUCCUUCGACGCUUUCGUUUCCCAGGGAGACCUUCGCGAAACUCUCACCUCAUCCGUACCUCCUUGCGCACCUCCAACCCUCCUCCUCAAGCACUCCUUCCACCCGCGCAAAUGGCAGAACGCCCACUCAAUUCCGAACCCCACACAUCAACAAUGGCUCUCUCACACACGCCGAAGGUAGCGCCGUGGUACGGAUAGGAGACACGACGGUCGUAUGCGGUGUCCGCGGAGAGAUUCUGCUGGCGAGCAAUGUUGCUGGGUACCGUGUUGAUAAAUUAGCAAAUGCGCCGUCGUCGAGACCUGGAUACAACGAGGCUAAGGAGCUGGAUCUGCUGGUUCCGAAUAUCGAGUUAGCUACGGGAUGUUCGCCGGCGUUCAUGCCAGGUCAACCGCCCAGUACGUUGGCACAGAGCUUGAGUACAAGGAUAUACUCACUUCUGCAUUCAAGUGGGUUGAUUGAUGGCGAGGACCUACGGAUAUGGUAUCAGCCACCAGAUCUUAGUGACCAAGAUAGGAUGGAGGAAGAUGAGCCGGAAGAAUUGGAACCAGAGGUCAAGGCGUUUUGGACCCUGUAUAUUGAUAUCCUGUUCAUCUCUCUGGACGGAAACCCGUUCGAUGCAGCUUGGGCGGCAGUUGUAUCGGCUCUGAAGGAUGUGCGCUUACCAAAGGCGUACUGGGAUGCGGAUCGGGAAAUGAUACUAUGUGAGGAUGCUGUAUCGGAAUCAAAAAAGCUGCAGCUCAGGGGACUGCCUAUUGCUGUCACUACGCUGGUAUUUAGGGCAAAGGAGCAGAUCCAAGGACGGGAUAAGAAGCAUUGGAUAUUGGUAGACCCGGACACAUUUGAAGAGGGAUUGUGCGAUGAGACAGUCACUGUGGUUGUGGAUUGUGGGAACAAGAAGACGACAAAGUUGUUGGGAAUAUCCAAGUCAGGAGGCACGAUCAUCGGUCGUGACGAGAUGAGUGAGCUUGUGAGUUUGGCGGAGAAGAGGUGGGCGGAACUGAACAAGCUCUUGGGACGAUGA